UCGACCCUAUACAAUCUCGAGCCACCGCCGACGGCCAAGGUCCUGCUCAAUACCACGUCCGGUGAUCUCGUCGUCGAAAUCUUCGCCAAACAAGUUCCUCUCGCAUCUCGCAACUUUCUUCAACACUGUCUGAACGGCUACUACGAUGGCACAAUCUUCCACCGCCUGGUCCCAGGCUUCAUCAUCCAGGGUGGCGACCCUACUGGAACUGGGUCCGGUGGUGUGAGCGCCAUCAAUGAUGGAGCUCCUUUCGCCGACGAAUUCCACUCGCGACUCAAGUUCAACCGCCGUGGUCUGCUGGGCAUGGCAAACUCUGGAGACAAGAAUGACAACACUUCUCAGUUCUUCUUUACUUUGGACAAGACUCCCGAGCUGCAGGACAAGAAUACCAUGUUUGGCCGUAUCGAAGGAGAUACCAUUUACAAUCUGAUGAAGAUGGCCGAGGCCGACCUGGCUGAAGAUGGCUCUGACAGGCCGCUAUACCCUACAAGAAUCGUCUCUACAGAAGUCCUUCUCAAUCCUUUCAGUGACAUGGUCAAGCAAGCCUCGAUUGCCACAUUCACACCACAAGAAACAAAGGCUCCCAAGAAGAAGCGCAAGGCCACAAAGACGCUAUUGAGUUUUGGAGGAGAAGAAGGAGAAGAACCUACCGCACCAGUAGUCAAGAAAGCAAAGGUCAAUCCAAACUUUACCGCUGCCGAACCGCAACAACCAGAAAUCCAAAACAACUCUGCCUUGCCAAAAGCUCCCCAACAACCAAAGCAAGAGAAGCCCGUUCGCAAACCAUCUCCUUCCAGAUCGCCCUCACCUCAUCCACCGGUACCAGCGACAAGUCAUGCAUCUGUACCUUUGAGUAAACCCGUACCAGCAAAAUCUCCUUCACCAUCACCUACACCUUCUCCGGAACGCCGCAAGCCCACUGCCCUCGAACGCACCAAUGCCGAGAUCGCACAACUAAAAGCUUCGAUGAAGCGUACGACAACAACCACUUCAGCACCGGAGAAGAAACUCUCUGCUCUCGAGAUGAUGAUUCCGGCCUCAGCAACGCGCGGCCGCAAACGAGGAAAAGCAAAAGAAGACGCUUCCUCACUCUCGACCUUCAACGCUUUCAAAAAGAGACUCGAAAAACUGCCCGCUGAGAAAAUAUCCACGACCACAACCACCACAACAACAAUACCAGACAACAAACAAGCAACAGAAUCAUCAGUGGACACAGAAGAAAAGCUAUGCGAUUUACACUUCAUUGCCAAUUGUCAGAGUUGCAGUAAUUGGCAUGAUGAGGCUGAAAAUGCAGAAGAGGAGGAUGACAAUGAUACUACUUGGAUGUCGCAUGCAUUGAGCUUCGCAAAAGACACAUUGGGCAAGGAUCUGGAAUGGAAGAGGAAAAUGGAGGAAUUUGAGGUUAUUGAUCCGAGAGAGAAGACGAGGGAGAUUGUGGGGGAUAAAGGGAAGAAAGCCAAA